AUGGCGCCUUGCACAGAGCUAGACAAAUCGGUGUGGCUACUUAGCCCUGGUCUCAACUGCCUUGUACGAAAACCUCAUUAUCGUAUUCGCCAGGCGAUGCUAUACUUUCCAACUACAAAGAUCACACGUUCCAGCUCGCACACGCACCAGAAAGUAAAGUAUCGAAGCAGGAGAUAA